AUGAAGGCUAUCAAAGCUGAGAUUGUUGUUGACAAAAGUUGUAAUCAGUGCGAAUACACCAAACAUAGUGACGAAAAGAAGGAACUCUUUAUUCAGCUACUUUGCAACAAAAUCUAUAAGGUUCCUGAAGCCGCAAAGGGACUAGAUAUACCCAAAUGUACGAGUUGCUACUGGUUUAAAAAGAAAUACAGCGAGGAGAUUAGAACAACACUAGUUGAAGGCCUGGAAAUCGCAAAGACCGAUGUUCAUGAUUUUAUGGCGAAUGAUUGUGUCUUGACAAUCAAGAAGGCUCAGAAUGAGCCUGAAGAAAGAAACUCUUCUGCCAGCAUUGAAGUGUGCUUCAAAUGGGUGACCAAUUUGAAGAAUACGGAUAUCGACUUCCAAAGCAACCGCAUAUCUAUUGAUGAGUCAUUCUUCUGCAUCAACUUGAGCCGCAUUAUGACUUAG